GUGACCUCUCAGACAUAAAACAACGUCAAAGAGGCAACACAUUUCAAGGGAGUCAGAGAGCUCGAGGAGAUUAGUGAGCUCUGUAAACGCCGUAGCCUUGAGAAGAUAGGCUACUUUUAAACAUUGCACAGAAGACUUUCUAAGACCUUCCUUUUGGAUCAGAAAAAAAGGAGACAAACAAAGGACCACCCAGGGUAAAGUAAAAAAAAAGAAAGAAGUGGCGGGUGCAAACUCUGUCUUGAUGUCUUCAUUCGAGACCCAGGGCCAGUCUCCUCUGCGUUGUGGCCCCCAGUUCCCAAACCUGGGCCAGGAGCCCCCAGAACUCAGCAUGUACAGUGACUGUUACUACCCUCCUCCCUCACUGCCGAGCCCUCAGCGCACCACUCCUUCCUCCUACGACCUCGGCGACUAUGCCGCGUCUUCCCCAAACCCUUACCUCUGGUUCAACGGCCCCGGGAUCAACACAACGCCUUACCUGGCCGCCACUGGCCCUCCGGGGAACCCCGGGCCCCCGUUUGUGCCUCAACACUACGGCAUGCAGCGGCCCUACCUGGGCCCCAACGGGGCUGGAGGCCCGGGGGGCGAGCUGAGCUGGUUCUCCCUGCCUUCUCAAGAGGACCUGAUGAAGCUGGUGCGACCGCCGUACUCCUACUCUGCUCUGAUCGCCAUGGCCAUCCACGGAGCACCGGACAGGAGGCUGACCCUGAGUCAGAUCUACCAGUACGUGGCGGACAACUUCCCCUUCUACAACAAGAGCAAGGCGGGCUGGCAGAACUCAAUCAGACACAACCUGUCGCUCAACGACUGCUUCAAGAAGGUGCCCAGAGAUGAGGAUGAUCCAGGCAAAGGCAACUACUGGACACUGGACCCCAACUGUGAAAAGAUGUUUGACAAUGGAAAUUUCCGUCGCAAGAGGAAGAGGAAAUCAGACACUCUCUCCGCCGAGGGGGGCGCAGGGGCGUCCGAGUCGGUUGACAGCGGGCGAGACAGCCCCAAACAUUCCGGAAACUCUUCUCUCGAUAUGUCCGACAGCCCGGACAGAAUCCCUUCCCCUUCGUCCUCAGGCCCCACGCCGUGUUUGAGCAGCUUCCUGUCAGAGAUGACGGGGGUCUCCGCCAUGGCGGUCAACGAGCUGGGGGGGGGCGGCCUCCCCCGGCCGCUGCAGCUCAACCUGUCCAUGGAGGUGCCUCAAAGGGCAGCGUCGUCCGGGGUCUUUGGUGGCUACUCUCCGGGCUCAGGGCCGUCGGAGUGGGCAGCCACGCUGCCAGUGCCCCCCGCACUGACGUCCUCCCCCACUCACUCUUCCCUCGGGUUCAGCAGUCCCAUCCUCAGUCAGUUCAAUGGGCAUUUCUACCCGGGGCUGGGUUCAGCGGGAAUCCUCUACCCACGCGAGGGCACCGAGGUUUGAGAAGACAUGGAGCAGGAAUAUCAGGUUACUGGAGCGACUUCGAUUAACCAUUGACUCUCUUGAUUAUUCACCUUUAGGUAAAUUGUGUUUCAGGCAUUUAACCAGGAGAAACAAAUGCAUGUUUAGCAGAUGAAAAAAACACACACAUUGGGCAAACAUUUUUGUCUUGUUUGUGUGUCAGGUUGUGUUUUUUUGCGCUGACUGAGACAGUUGAGUUCACUAUAGCGUGAGACAGCAGGGUGGGAACCUUGUGUUUCCCAUAGGAAAGGCUGAAUCAGCUUCUAGACCAUACAAAGGACACGCUCAAAAAUCCCAGGCAACCUGAUUAUCUGGUCUUAAAUCAUCUUUUUUAUUCUGACACAAGCUUGUUUGCAAUCAGAUCUGACUCAUUAUUAAACCAAUCUUCGAUCAGUGCUCUUGCUGACAUUGUACCAUUCCAACGUUUCUGCUCUCUGCUUUUGAUCUAGCAUAAAGAUGUUAUUCAACACCUAUGGGAAAAUGUAGGCAUGAUUGCAAGGUAGUUAACAUGGUACGACCAACAAGGAAAACAUGUCAGCAUUGCUACCAAUCACUAAUUUGAUAUGCAAUCAAUACAUGAUAUACAAUCUAAAAAUCUUAUCGAAAAAACGGAUGGAUUUUGUCUGUAAAUAUGUAUGUGUUUUUUAACAUUGACUACACAUUUAUAUUGUUGGAUUUGGGGGUGAUUUACUUGUACAAAAUGGCAAAGUAUUGUAUACACUGUGUGUUUUUGAUAUUAUUAAAAAAUGUUCUGGAACUCUGAA